AUGAUGCCUCGCCUCUUUCGCCCUCCGCGGACUUUUGAUGCUGCCUUAACAGCUUCUACCACAUUCGAGCCCGGAUCAGGUCCAUCUCUCGACCUGACUGAGACUCUCCAGACUUCUCAGUCUCUUUCUGACGACUCAAGUCAGUCGAUCGAAACUUCGGCCACAACGGAUACGAAUACUGCGAACUCCAGUCCUACGACAGCGCCCGGGCCUGACGAUCAGCUCGUUGUCUUCCGCAUCGUUCCAGACACUGAAAACUCAAGACAUGCUUCUGCAUUCAGCCUCUCCGAUGGACGCCUUCUUGACGGGGGGAGGCCCAUCUAUUAUAACGGGGAAGACUUCAAGGAACUGCGCGGUGAACAGGCGACAGUACCCUGUGGAGCUGUCGCUACAACAUUCUCUGGUGGUGGUGGAUUUCUCCGGUUUCGCAGCCCUGACCUACCUAGUGGUGAAGCAGGCUUCUGUCAGAACCCAGGAACUGGUCUGGUAUACAUAACCUUUGCAUCCUCACCCGAAGGCUGCGUGUCAGUUAGAUUAUCUGUCGUUGGAGUCGAUGAAUGCGAAGAUGGCACCUACACAAACACGACCUGUGCAAACAAGUUCUUUCGCUUUUCUAAUACUUCAACGGCCGCCUUCCCGACUGUACCAAUUGAGACAUCUGAAGACCUUUCUUUCACAAACAUUCCUGGUGUUACAUUCACACCGUCAGACGAAGCAACGACAGAUAUUGCUUUGCCCACUGACGUGUUGUCUUCAGAAUCACAGCCUCCCACGGAUGACGCAGCAUCCAGCUUACUAGCUGCGACAACAUCGGCAAUGUCCGAUAUAGAUACUCCCACUUCGCAAUCUAGUGGCAGCAUUUCCGACACUCGUAUUACCGUCAGCAUAGAAACGACUAUCGACAGGAAAACUACCACUGAUACCGAGACUACCACCGAUACUGAGACUACCAUCAGCAUUGAGACUACCAUUAGCAGUGAGACUACCAUUACCAGCGAGAUUACCACUACUACAGCAUCUUUGGAAUCAACAAGCACGUCAGACAACACAACAGAAAUCUCUACAACAACCUCAGAAGCCGAGACUACUACUACCACCACUAGUCCACCGUCUCGUGCGUGCGAGUCCUAUCUCAUCAACCCAACCGUAUUAUUUAGCGGUGACCAAGACAGCGAAGAUGGAGUCGAGGAGCUUACUCUUCUGUUCCCAGUUGGACUAUACACCGAGUCCAGUGAAACCAUCUACGUCGGUUUCAACGGGUUGAUCAGUUUGUUUGACAACUCCAUCGCACAAUCCUCUAAUAACCCAUUUCCGGACAAUGGCCUGCCAUCAGUGGCCAUUGCGGCUUACUGGGAUAACUUGCGAAUCAAAGGGAACGCUGGCUACGAAAUCACCUACAGAGUUUACGACGAUGCUGACUAUCGCGCUGUCAAUAUCGACUGGUGUGUUGUGGAUGCGGACGAUGUCGUGACUCACUUCAUGGUCAUUCUCAGGGCUUACGAUCUUUCGAAUCCCGAAUCAGUUUUCAUGCGUUACUUCCAGUCCAAUGGAGGGAAGUCAGCCACCAUAGCUGUACAGAAUCUUGCCGAUGCCAAGUCUCAGCAAUUCUCCUACGAUAUGGAAAAUGCAGUGCCAGAUGGAUGCACUGUUCUCUUCUUCACUAUAGGAGGUGAUGAGAGAGUUGUUUAUGUGCCACCAUAA